AUGUGCUCAAUAUUGCUAAGAAUAUUCUGCGCGAUUUGCAUUCUUAACUGUGUCUCAAAUGUUAUUGCCUUAAUACGGGAUGUGAAUUCGGAGAGCCCUCUUCUUACAAAAAUUAUACAAUCUAUAGACGCUACAAGAAGUGACGACCACCUCUACAAUGUGACACUGCAGUUAUUAAAAAGUUUGUGCUUGUGUAUAGACGUGAAAAUUAACAACGUAAAAUUGCUUGAAAGAAAAACAAACGCUUUAGAUUUUGAUGAAAUAAAGGAACAAAAUAAUAGUAUCGAUGUAUACAAGAAAAUAUAUAAUAAUACAUGCGUUCAACUGCAAAACCAAAUGUCCAAAGGUGUAUUUAAUGAACACCCAACGAAAAGAAAAACGCCACCCAACAAGCUGAGAAUGUAUGACAAUCAACAUGUUGAAAACAUCUUAUAUGAAGCGCUAAUUGCAAAAAGGCACCAUCACAAAUAUUCAAUUCAUAAAUAUAGCCUACUCAGGAGAAAGUCGUUUUUCGAUAGUUCUGAGCAUGAAGUGAUUGUUAUCUUUACAAUUAAUUCAAAGAAUACGCAAAAUAAUGCCACUAAUGUGGACCGACAUGAAUUAAAAAAGUUAAUCGAUAGCAACGCAGCCAUAGCAAUAGAUGUUAUUGACACAAAAUACGAGAAUACAUUCCAAGAAGAUAUUAAGCGGAAAUUUAGAUCGAUUAGUGAGUGUAAUUUGUACUCCAUUUACAAUUUUUUAGCAACGCAUCAUAAAAAUAACAAGACGCGCGUUUUUAAAUUAUUACGAAAAAAUAAUUCGGUAAAAAUAUAUUUGGAUGUUGUGACAGAUCAGAAACAUGAUGAUUUAACGAUUUUCUGUUGUGUAAAUGGCACUCUUUUGCCGUCUUGUGUGAGUCGUAUAUAUUAUAGGAAGGACGAAGACGAGUAUCACAAGAGACAUAGCUAUAGAGACACCAUACAAAACAUAAAGACGCUGAUUAAACUAUAUGAAAAGAAUAAGGAUGUUCUAAGAUAUAGCGGUGAAGAUAAUUCAAAAGAAUGUGAGAGAGUAAAUAAUUAUACAUUAAAUAAACAAAAUAUUAUGCAAUUGAUAAAACAAAUGGAAGUAAUUCUUGAAAGUGAAAAACUGAGUAACCAAAAAGCAUUGACAAACUACAGUAAAAGAUUGAAUAUAAAUGGAACAUCUAGUACAAGUUCGAUUCUUGCAGAUAUUAAGAAAGAUGCUCUUCCCCUAUACCUUACCGACAAAGUUUUACAACAGCAGGACUUUCAUAUUACAAAAUAUAAAAAGAACACGAUAAAAGGGAUAACUAAUUCUCGAUUAAAAUAUAUUAUACCAAAAAAUCUCACGCUUUCUACUAAACCACUUCGGAGCCAAAACAUAUUUAAGAAAGAAACAAAUAAAACCAUUACAGUCGGGAAUACUACAUUUUCACAUCUCACAAACUCUGAAAAAAAUAAAGAAAGUAAUUUUAAUGUUUCCAUUAAAUCAUAUCUUAACAAUGGAGUAACUAAAAUAACAAAUUUAAAUGUUACGAGCACAAUAUAUGAUUGUAUUAAUAAUUUCAGUGUUGAUAGGACUUCUAGUACCUUAGUCGAGCCAAAACUACCUACAAUUAACUUACUUUCAUCAAGAAAUAUUUAUAAAAAUGUAACCCAAUUAGCAAAGAGUGAUACUUCAGCAACUGACAUUAACUACGUCAACAGAAUACGUGAUUCCAAAAGUAUAUCAAUGAGAGUUAUCCUUGCUUCAACUACAAAGCAAGGUUUAUGUAAUAAUCCUGAAACAUUCAAAAGUAUUCAAAAUCUAAUGUCCAAGGUCAGUAAAGAGGAUGCGAAAAGUCCUCUAUCAUCGUCCAGUAGCAAUGUAACCAGCCCAGAAAACAGAGUGUCACAUAUAAACGUAUUUCUUCAAGACAAAGAAAAUGACAGAUAUUUGGAUAAUAGUACGAAACCUGCAUUUAACAAAUUUACAAUAGAAAAGACGAAAAAAGGAGGUAUUACUAAAAGAAUACAAAACCUCUUUGUCAAAGAGAACGAUACAGGCUUAAACAUAUUGAAUAAUACGAACAGACUUAAUGAUAAUACCGUAAAUCGAAUAUCAACUUUGAUAAAUGAAGAAUCAGUUUAUAAAAAAAACACAAGAGAAAAAAAUUUAGGAAACAAAAUCCGUAACAUAAUAUCUCCUUUACCAGCUUUAUAUCAAGAAAGCAAACACAUAACAAAACAAAUUUCUUUUAGUAAUGGAAUUUCCGAGAAUAUAUCGCCAUCAUUAUAUCAUCUACAAAACGAAUACCUUACGAAUCAACCUCCUUCGAAAGAAAAUACAAUUGCCUCAAAUAUCAAGAAAGAAGAGCGGUUUCAAGCUGUAAUUAAUAAAAUUAUAUCAAACAAGAAUAUUCGUCCAACAUCUUUAUACAACAGUACUUUAAGAAGAAUUCUAGUUACAAAUCCAGAAAGAUCAAUGAUAUCUACCAUCAAUAUGGCACAUAAAGUUCCUACUGUUACAAUCAAGAUAUAUGAAAGAAACAAUAUAAGAGCUACAUUACCUGAAUACCGAGCUUUUGGUGAUGCUGAUAAUCUAUUUACAUUAAAUAUGAAUUAUAACAUGAGAAAUAGUCCAGUUACAGAAGUUCCUUUACGCAAUACUACUGUGCCAGUAGCAUUAACCAUCGUGGAUCGAAAAUCUACACAAUAUGUACUAACAACUACGAUUCUUAGUAGCAAUGCUUCCAUAAAAAAUGAAUCAUUUGAAAACAAACAAAGUCAUACGAAUCCAUUGCUAUAUAAGACUAAAGGAGAUAUGCAAUAUUAUCAAAAUAAAACAUUUGAAAGCAUAGAAAGUUUCAUUAGUCCUGCUGGAUUUUUUAAUAAAAUAAAGACCAUUCAAAGAUCACAACGAGACUCUGAUAUUAAUACUCGGACAAGUGCAUUUAAUUUUUUCGCAAAAUUUAAAUCCCAAAAGCUUGGGAACGUACAGAAAUUGUAUAAUACCCAUUUCAAUGUGUACAAUCAAACUACACCUCUAUAUACCAGUGACUUGCUGUUACCUCUCAAGUUAAAUACCAUAACCAGAAAAACAAAUGCUCUGGAAACGACUACAAAUUAUAGACACAAUGUCAUCACUACUCUACGGCCGGGACAAAGUUCGAAAGUACAUACUUUUAAAACUCGUACAACCGAUUUAUCAACAAGACGAAUUGUACAAGAAACCCAGUCUGUUAUUAGAAGUUACCAGACUCCAAUGCAUAAUAGAUCAAGUUUUUCGAUAAAGGAAAUAAAUUUUCCGAAAACGACCGGUACAUUUACCAAAUAUAGUCACACGGGAAAUAAAGUGUCACCUAAAAAAUUAAAAAAUAUUUUAUUGAAAAAGGCCGUUGGCGGUUAUAAUGAAAAGUGGAAUAUAGUGGUGUCAAGCUCUGCAGUACCAUUUACUAUAAGGGGUGUCAACGAACUUAAAUCUACAUUAAAAAGUAACUAUCCUGAAGUGAAUGCUUCAGUAACAUUACGUCGUUCAAAUGAAAGCAUGUUUUCUUUACGUAAAAUCUUCCAAAAAGGAAAAACAAAUUACACCACAUUAGCUGCAAAUCCUUCAUAUUAUAGUACAAUCAGAACAAAUAAGACACACAACAUUAUAAAAAAAAGGUUUGGAACUUCUCAAGGUCGUGAACAUAGUAAAAUUAACACUUUUCUGACAACUACACAUAAGUACAUGAACUUUAAGAGUUCUGAGCUGCAAAGUGUGCCAAAUAAUGCGAAGCUAAUAAAAUCUUUAACCGUAUCUAGAAGCAACUUAAUUCCGCACCUUAUCCUACGUCAAACUGAAGUCAUUCCACAUGUAUUACAAAAAACAAUAAAGUGUCAGACUAACUCUAGAAAGACAGUAACAGAAUCAACAAACAGAAAGCAAAAUAUAACUACUAAACAAUACAGCAAUGCAAAGCAAUACCAACAAAAUGGUAACGCAAAUAAAAGCAUAUUUUAUAAGCCUGCUAGUUUUCCGAAAAUCAACAACAAAAAUAAAACUUUAGAAGAUCAAGAAAAUCGUCUUCAACGUGUAUUGCUACUAAAUAUGACACAUUUUAACAAUAAUAAAAGUCUCAUUAACAGUAAUAAAAGAAAGCCGUUAGAAAGAAGAAUACCAAUGUCUUCACUGAAAUAUGACAGAACAGAGCAUGCAAUACAGUCUCCGUCGAAUGAUUUUCCGGAUAAAAAAUUAACUCAUAAACUCAAAACUGAAACUAGUAUAACAAAAAGCACAAUGCAAUACAUCAAAGAAAACUACACGGUUGUAUUAAAUAAGCCUACAGCUUUCAUAACUAUACAAACACCUAAUGUACAACCGAAGAGAUACCUCACAGGAAUGGAAAGAGAAAACACAACAACUUACUUCAUCGCGAGACAUAUUAACGAACAUUUCAAUAAAUCUAACCUUCUGAGUACUACGAAUUACGUGAGAAAGUAUUUGCAAAAUGGUGCAUGGAAUUUAUGGACAAAUGUUACUAAAAUGUAUCACGUAGAAAAAAACAGAAAUCCAAUAAAAUUUAAAUUAUCAUUAACGACACCGAUGACAAAAGUGAAUGUAUCGUAUAAUAUGGAUUCUAAUCCUCUUUGUAGAAAUGUUGGUACAACUAGCAAAUUUAAUUCAAGAAAAGAGAAUUUUACAUCCAUUGUAGUGAGUAAAUAUCCCACAAAUAGUUACAAUAACCUCAGUUUAACAAAAGAUUCGUAUUACACAGCAAAAAAAUAUCGUAAUACCUUUAAAAGAACAAAUCAACCUACAACGCCCAUCGCGUUUAUGGAACCAUUAUUAACAUCUACAUACUAUUUCCAACAAACCACGCAAAUGAAUAUAAAUCAAACAACCCUAUCUCUUAAAAAAAACCCAAAAUCUACUGCGAAAUAUUCUAUGGUCAAAGUAGCGCCGAGUUUAAGUAGCAAAGUUGUAAAAAAUAAAACUUCAGCUGUGUUUUUAACGCGACAAUAUUUACCCAACAACAGUGAAGACCCUUUCAGUGGAAAGACAUCAUCUACGAAAGUGUUUCGAAAAGAUAAUAAAAAAUACAGUAACUUAGAAGAUGAAGUGAAAUUAUUGAAAAGGAUUAAGGGAAUAAAGACGGCCUCAUACGAUUCUACCGCAAAAGAAAUAACAACUAAUUCUCUUUCCCCAAAAGACGAAAUUAUUCAUUUUUCUUUAACGUUACAAGAAAUAGGCAAUACUGAUAAGAAAAGCGUUACGCAAACGAACAACAAUCGUCAAAGAUUAUUUGCCACAAACUCGAUUCCUUUGAAAAAUACUAUACAAGAUAAAAUGAAGCUAAAAACAAACAGAUUAAGGUUAAUAUUAACAGAAAUAUCGUCGUCAUGUGAUUUUAUUAAAGCCAACAGUAAAAAGGCAGAAGAUGUGAUUGAGCAUAAAAACUUAACAAAACCCUGCUUGAUAUCUAAUAUGAAUUAUAUCAUAUCUUCCUCUAUGAAUGACCUGAAUAUUAAUGACUUAGAAAACAAUUAUACAACAAAUAAUGCAGUUUUAAAGAAGACCUCAAAUCAAUUAAACAAGAGGAACAAAACAAUAAUUGAAAAACUGUUUUUGUCUACUUCUGAUAAAAAUAAUUUGCUAAAAGAUUCUUUAGUAUCGUUAAGACAAGAUAAAGCUACACCAUUCGACAGCAGAAGUUUUAUUAGAAACAAUUUUACGGAAUUCCAGAAAAAAACAAAGGUGACAAGUGAUAUCAUGGAGUCAAAUCAACUAAGAAAAAACAUCACAUCAGAAAAUUAUACAGAAAAUAAUGGAACGAGCAACUGUACAAACAUUUACAGAAAAGUAUUUUUGCAAAAUAUUUAUGUUGGCCUUCCUUUAUUAUUUGCUAACGGUAAACAUGUGGACCAGGGUAACUUGACCCUUAAUGUAGUUACAGAUAAUAAGGACGGUCAUUUAACGAAAUUGAAAAAUGUUACUAUACAAGAUCAGUACUCAUCGAGUAUGUCACGAAUGUUUAGAACAAAAGCUAGUUUGACAACAAACAUAGAGACCGACUUACUUACUUUCAGGUCUAAUAAAACCACAAAUAACUCUAAAGUUGAAAUAAAAUUAAAAUAUACAUUUCCAUACACUACAGCUUUACAAGACGACUUGAGAAGAAACAAGCUAACAUUUUUUGGAAAGGACUCCUUCAAAUUCAGCACAAAUUUAAAUUUUUUAACAAAAACGAUUUCAAUGACGACCAAAAAGGAUAGCGUAAGUUCAAACGAUUUCCCAAUCACUACAAAAUUGUAUUAUAAAAAAGAGAAACAAAUCAAACACAAAUAUUUAACGACCACGACCGGCGUCCUUAAGAACUUCGACCGUACAAACACACCGGAUUCUAAAAUUUUAAUGUCUUCAACUCCAACCUCAAAACAUUACAAUUAUAGACAUACUAAAACGUAUAAAAAAUCGAAAAAAAUUAAAUACAACACGUACAAACCGAAAACUGAAGAAGACUUCGAUACAUCCGUAAACUCUUUAAUAAAUCGUAAAAAAUAUACAACUAUAGCAUUAACUAGCACGAUAUCAAAAGCUCAUAAUUUUAUAGCCCAUCCCGAUAAGCGUGUGAAUGGAAAGAAUUUGUUUUUUAACAAAGAGAACAUGCAUAAGGUAAUUCAAAAAAAUGCUUCGAAAUUACUCAAGAAAAACUCAUUUAAGAACGUAAAAACAAAUGGUUACGUUCAACUCGCGAACACUUUUUUGUAUCCUGUCAAAAAGAUUAAUUCCGCAAAUCAGAGAAAAGUGAUGAAGAGGAUACGUUUACAUAAGAAUAGAGAAGUCCUGGCGAUGGAUACGAAAGAUUUUUUCUCGAGACGAUUUCACGAUCGAGCUCCGUUUAAAGAACCACCCGGGACACCUCUCGCGCCCGUUACCCCUGUUACGCCUAACCCUAAGCAAUACGAAUUGCGUCCGACAUUCGAGAAGAUCGACAGGGCUCUGAACCCGCGAGACUAUUUUCGACCGAAGCCAGUAAUCAUCGAUCAAGAGAGUGACUUCUAUAAAAACAACUUUCUAAGUCAUCACCAUGGAAAUAGUUUAUCACUUAGAGAACGAAUUGAGCUCGUAAGAAACAAUUUACCAUUACAAGACUACUCGCAAGGAGCGAUCGAAAACCCUUUAUAUCUGCCUCGAAAAAUGAAGCCGAAGUUUUUGAGGGACAGAGUCGAUUCUUUCAGAAACUAUCUUCACAACUCCGAUUACGUGAAAGCUUCAGAAUCUGAUAGAAAUUUGGACACGUUUGAUCCGCGUUUUGAAAAGUCCCCGAGCUAUUUUAGAAGAAGGAAUGUUGUUGAAACGAUGACAAACACAUCCAGGAGACCGACCAGAAGGAAAGCUAUAACCGUAUUCUUUUUAAGUCCUACCGUCCCGUACAAUAGCAUUUACUUACAGCAUCGUUGCUAUUUGUACUGUCAGGUCACCGAAUGGUGGUUAGACGACAUGUACCUGAAGGUGCGCCUGCCUCUCCCGAUCAACUCGAGUCCGGGGAUGGUCUUCCCGAAGCGUCAUUUUGCGAAGAUGGAUGAAGUGGCCGACCUAGCUGCUCUCUAUAUUGAUGACCUGCUCGAUUACAAGGAAAUGCUUGACAGGGAUGAAUUGCCGCAAGAACGAGCAACAAGCCGCGAAAAGGGCCAACCUCUAUGCAUGGAGCAGUUCUACCGACUUCUAGGGGUGUGCAGAGUGUCCGGAGUCGGCAAGGACAGACUUGUCCUGCCCGUGCCACCUCCAGACCCUGACAAUUGCGAGGAGCUGGUUAUUGUCGCCUGUAGGAACUAUUUCUACGCAAUACCAGUAAAGGCAACCGAUCGCGGUCGGCUCACAGCUGGAGAGAUUCAAGCUCAAAUUCUUCACGCCUUGGUAGAUGCCGCCGAUGCUCCGCCCGCCCCACGCGUGGGACUACUCACGGCUAUGAAUAGAGACGAUUGGGCGAAGGCUAGGGACCAGCUAAAUAAGGAUGAAAAUAACCGAUGCAACCUGGAGCUGCUUAACCGCGCGCUGUGCCUCAUCUGCCUGGACGAGGCCGGGGGCGAUAGGCCCGACUGCGACGAGGACACCAACGCGUUGCUGAGAGCGAUGCACGGCUCCGGCACUCAGUACCAUUCUGCCAAUCGGUGGUUUGAUAAAACUGUGCAGCUGAUCAUUUCGUCGGACGGCACAGUAGGAAUGUGCUACGAGCACAGCCCGGCUGAGGGAGUGGCGGUAGUUCGUCUAGCCGAACGGGCGCUAGCCCGGGCCGAAGUGGCCGACAAACCCAAGCCACCCCCCACUCUCUUGCCGGCUCCCGAGAGGCUCCAUUGGAACCUUACUCCAGAACUUCAGCACACCAUAGAGAAAGCUACUGUGGAUUUUGAUCGAGCCAUUAAGGACUUGGACCUGCGCGUGUACACGUAUCGCGGGUACGGCAGAGAGUACAUGAAGUCGUGUCGCACCAGCCCCGACGUCUAUAUUCAGCUGGCUCUGCAGUACACUUACUUCAAGAUGUACGGUCACCUGGUCUCGACGUAUGAGUCUUGCUCGUUGAGGCGCUUCCGAGAUGGCCGCGUGGACAACAUUCGAGCGUCCCACAGCGCAACCCUCGCCUGGGUGACCGCCAUGAGCGCUCCGGACUCCCCCACGGCUCUGCAGCCCGCUGACGACGGCCAGAAGAAGGUUUCCUUUAAUUUGCAAGAGGGUCUAAAGAAAAUUGAGCUGUUCUACGAAGCAGCCCGCAAGCAGACCAGUAUAAUGGAAGCUAACAUCCAGGGCUUGGGCACAGACAACCACCUUUUGGGGCUAAGAGAGGCAGCGAGGGAGACCCUCGGCUUUUUGCCACCGCUGUUCACAGAUCAAGCGUAUCAGAGGAUGAUAGAAUUCAAAUUGAGCACCAGUCAGGUGGCUACGACAACUGAAGGCACGUUCAUGGGCUACGGCGCAGUAGUACCAGACGGCUACGGCUGUAGCUACAACCCCAAAAAGGACAACGUGAUCUUCUGCAUCUCCUCGUUCGCAGCGUCCAAGGUCACCGGCACGGAGGCAUUCAGGCAGUCCCUGGAGGAGGUGCUGGAUUCCAUGAAGGUGAUGUUCGAUAGUCACAAGUCGGAGAACAAUCAAAAAUGA